AUGGCAGUGUGGGUGGCGGAAACGAUGGCGGCACUGGCGGCCGCACCGCUUGGUGCAGAACCUCAGGGGCGGCUCCUCGACCCAACGAAGAAUUCUAGGGGAGAAAAAGAACUCAAGAUUUCUGGCGGCAUGUGUAACGGCUCCGUCGUGCGUCCCGCUGAGGCCGUCCACCGCUCAGAUUUGGCAGCGGCUCGGUCGGUGAGCACAGAGUCUGUGUCUGCUCUCGAGUCGUGCCGGUCGGAGAUGAGAGCUGUGGUCGCCACGGCCGCCGCCGCCGCAGCUAAGCACCGGCAGGAGGUCGAGGAGCUCCAGACACGACUCGCGGCAGCAGAGCGCAAGGCGGAAGCAGAGACAGCCAACGCGCUGCUGACAAGCCAGGCUUUAGCCGACGCUCUUGGCGGCGGGGACGUCGUCACAACAGUCCUUUCCGCCGACCUGCGCAUCGCUGAGCACCUUGCUGCCGAAACCCGCCGCACGCUCGCGCAGGCUGCAACCACCGACUUCCCGCUUUACACUGUAGUCGGCCCCGUGAAUUCAGAGUUUGCUGAGCGGCUGGAGGCGCAGUCGUACACGGAGGCGGCCAGCAUCGUUGGCUGCCGUGCGGUGAGGGCGGGGGAGCUGCUGCAGGAGGGUUCUCGCCGACACCUCUCCUACACUUCGGUCCGUUAUCAUCCACGGUCAAACCUGCAGGAGAGCGCUGACAGCGCCGACAAGCUCCGGCAGCGCAUUCACCUGCUCGAGGGCGCCCUCGCUGCCGCCACCUCGGAGUUCGAGCAGGCGACGGCCGGAUGGGUGUCCGAGCGAGCCGGGCUGAAGGAGCUACUCGUGAGCCAAGGAAAGGUGGUGGCGGAGGCGCUGGCCAGAGCAGAGGCGACCGAGGCACGGGAGGCGGCGGCGGCUGCGUUCACCGCUGAUGCCGUCGGCGUCGUUAAGGAGUCGUUCGCGCAGUACACGGCGUUGGCCGCGAGCGCGCGGAGGCCUCUCCUGCGGCAGGGCAAGUGGCGUUACUGA